UCAAUGUUGUAAUGGUCCGGUCCUUUGGUUUCAUCAAAAAGAGCCUUGGGUUUCAUAGCAAGAAGGCUUUUUUUCUCUUGGAUUUUGCGUGAUAUGGUUCUCUGUCCUCAGUGAAAUGGUACUAUCAUUUUGAUGUAAAUCUGUGCCUACAUCAUGGAUGGCCAGAUUAAUCCGAACCGGUCAUUAUUUACAUUUUUUUCAGACUUUAAGUCCAACGGCAAGGUGGCUGCAACAGUCGUGGAAACUGUAGUUCUAUCUUCAGUCUUCGUGUUUUCGCUCUUCACGAAUAUCUGCGCCAUUGUACUGUUGACCAGAAAGAAAAGGCUGGUUACGGCUAACUGUUUUGUGUUGAACCUCUUUUGUGCCGAUCUACUCUUCAUAAGUAUGAUUCCUCUAAUUCUGGUAAUCCGCUGGACAGAAGUGUGGGUUUUAGGGGAGUUUGUCUGCCACAUGCACUUUUAUAUCAUUUGCCUGAGCGGAUGCGUCACUCUUAUAUCCCUGUCCGCAGUGAGCCUCGAAAGGAUGAUCUGCAUCAUGAAGGUAACGCAAGCUGCAACUUGCAAUGUUAAAGUGGUGGUCCUAGGAAUAUUCAGCAUCUGGAGCUUUUCAGCCAUGACUGCCCUGCCUCUGUGUUUAUUCUUCAACGUGGUAAACGUAACAAUCAAUGGCUCGGACGUCCAGAUUUGUACUUUAGUUUGGCCUUCGAUUGCAGAAGAAAUUGCUUGGGAUGUCUCAUUCAUCCUUUUAGAUUUUUUGGUACCAGGACUAAGUAUCGUGAUCAGUUACACCAAAAUUUACAAGAUCACCAGAGAAAUGAGGGAGCGUCUGAUAACAAGCACAGCAUACUCUGAAAAACAUCAACUUAAGGUCUCUCAAAGGGACUAUAAACUUUUUCGGACCUUGCUCAUCCUGAUGGUCUCAUUUUUUGUGAUGUGGACACCGGUUUUUAUUACCGUUUCAUUGCUUCUUGUCCAGAACCUACACAAAGAUUUCACUAUUCCUUCAACGCUCUUCUUUUGGAUAGUAGCCUUUACUUUCAGCAAUUCAUUCAUCAAUCCAAUAUUAUAUAACAUUAAUUUAUUCAAAAAGAAAUGGUGGCAAAUAAUUUUUUGUUGUUCUGCUGAUGAAAAUCUGGAUACAGACACAACUAACAAAAAGAACACAAUUCCAAAUAUUUCCACAGAUCUUGAUUAG